CUCUCUUUCCCUCCGGCCCUCUGUAGAGGAAGCACGCGUUUCCCAGCUCCCUCACCGGACCCACAUCGAACAGUAACGAUGCGUUACAUAUCUGCAUACCUAUUGGCUGUCCUCGGAGGCAAUGAUAAGCCCUCUGUAAAGGACCUCAAGAAAAUUCUAGACAGUGUUGGCAUUGAGACUGAUGAUCAGCGAGCAGAGAAGGUUGUCGGUGAACUGAAUGGCAAAAGCAUUGAGGAGGUGAUCGCUCAGGGUAACACCAAAUUGGCCUGUAUGCCCUCUGGAGGAGCUGUAGCUGUUGCUGCUAGUGCUGGAUCAGGAUCCUCUGCUGCAGCUGCUGCUGCUCCUGCGGAAGAGAAAAAGGAAGAGAAGAAAGAUGAAUCUGAGGAAUCAGACGAGGACAUGGGAUUUGGCCUAUUUGAUUAAAUAGUGUGGCUCUGAAAUCAAACAAUAAAAACAUUCUUAUAUAAAAAAAAAAAAAAAAAA